AGGUCCUAGGCAAGACUUUCUGGGGAAGACAUCCUUCAACUAGGGUGCCACCACUGAAAAGGGUCCUGCAGUUCCCUCAGAGGAGGAUAUUUGGACGCCAAGAUCUCAAAGAAGAUGGACAUUUUGGAACAGAUGGUAAAAGAAUAUAAUAAGGUCAGCUGUGAUCAAGCAUGAUACCAGUGAAGAGUGAGCUGGUUAUUGGUGUCCGGAACGUAAAGGAUUUAAAUGAAAUGGACAUCAAUUCUGACACAGUGGUUGUCACGGGCUUUGGUCCUUUUCGACAGCAUCUUGUUAACUCUAGCUGGGAAGCAGCAAAGGAACUGGCCAGAAUUGGUCUUGGAAGUGAUGUAGACCUACACAUCAUGGAACUGCCAGUGGCUUACAAAAAAGCAAGAGAGAUUGUCUGUCAAGCAUGGGCAACCCUUCACCCCCAAGUUAUGAUUCAUAUUGGCCUGGUUUCUACUUCUAAAGCAAUCAUCAUUCUGGAGCAGUGUGGGAAGAACAAAGGCUAUAAAGAAAAGGAUGCUUGUGGAUUUUGUCCAGAAAAAGGUUGUUGUGUCUUAGAAGGCCCAGAAAGAAUAGACUCUACAAUUAAUUUGAAGAGUGUCUGGAAAAACGUUCAGGUGGAAGGGAUGGAUGUAAUUUUUUCCAGAGAUGCAGGAAGGUACGUUUGUGAUUACAUCUAUUAUACCUCUCUUUACUAUGGUAAUGGAAGAGCAGCGUUUAUCCAUGUACCUCCUCUAUCCCAAUGGGUGACAGCAGAACUUCUUGGAAGAGCCCUGCAGACUGUUAUCUUAGAGAUCUUAAAGCAAUGUAAACAAGGGAUAAUGUAAAACCAAAAACCCUACACACACAAGUUACAAGGUAUGUUCAUUUUCAUCUGACUUUAUGAAAAAUUCAAUACCAUCAGUCAUACCUAUUAAAAAAAAUAACCAAUGCAAUCCAAUGUUCUGUGUGUGCAAACUUAUGCCUUCAUGAUUCAAUGCACACACUGCUUACACUCAGGGAUGAAAUGGAAAAACACUUUGAGACACAGGAGCUGCAUGUGUACAUUGGAGUACUUUAUGACCAUAAUGCAGGGAUGUGGAACCUAUGGCCCUCCAGAUGUUGUUGGGACUACAACUCCCAUCACCCCUCACCAUUGGCCAAGCUGGCUUGGGCUGAUAGGAGCUGGCUUUCCAUUCCACCCGUAACUGUAUGGAACAAGACACCAUGCACAUGUUAAGUGGCUAUGGAAAACCAUAGAAACAUAAAGUAAAGCUGGAUUCCCCCCCCCCCUUGCAAAUAAAUAAAUCUUUCUGUAAUUCUGGUUCUGAUGAGGAAAAUCUUGAAUUUU